AUGUUUUUAGGCAAGAAAGAUAUCCCCCACGACGUCGUGAAAAAUGAAGCAAGCACAACGACCUUAAGGUUGUGGAUGUGGUUCGUUGUUGUUGGACACUUUCUUGUAUCAAACGCUGGGUGUAUUAAUUCUUCUAUUGAACUUAGGUUCUUGAUUCUUGAGACGACCCCUCGCCCACUGAUAAGUACCUUCUUGUCACAAACAAGCACAAGAUCUAUAUAUCAAGCGUGAUGAAGAUAUGAUCUCACUCUUUUCAGGCGUACACAAGAACACUCUUUGUCUUAUG